AUGAUAAUAACGAAAACAGUUCGACCUUUGCUCGAAGAAAUAUUCUAUUUGGGCGCGCGUAGUCCAAUAUUAGCUUUUAAGAAUGUUGAAAAACUUCUUAAACAAUACGAUGAAAGUGACAAACAAAAUAGAAUAGCUAUUCUUAAACACAUAGCAAAAACGUAUCAUCCACAGGAAGAAAAUUUCCCAUCACAGAUUCAGAAAAUGACGUCUUCAAAUUUUAUUCAAACUUGCGAAAACAUUCAUUCAUACACAGAACCAAAAUAUGCUGAAUUAUUUCGUCUUAUCGGACGACAGCCGGAUGGUGUACAUUCACUUGUUCAUUUACGUGCUGAUAUACUUAAAUUCCUACCUGAAAUCGAGUCACCUGAAUAUGUUGAACGGAUGAGUGAAAGUCUUCGUGAUUUAUUAGCGACAUGGUUCACAACAGGUUUACUUCAAGUCGAACGUGUUACAUGGCAAAGUCCCUGUGAAAUUGUUCAGCGUGUCUCUGAGUAUGAAGCUGUGCAUCGUAUUCGAAAUUGGACCGAUUUAAAACGACGUUUGGGACCGUACCGUCGAUGUUUUGUUUAUACUCAUCAUAUGAUGCCCAAUGAUCCAUUGGUUAUUCUGCAUGUUGGUUUAGUGGAUAAUAUAUCAAAUUCUAUUCAAACAAUUUUAAAUCGUGUUAAAUCUGUAUCCGAUGUAACUGAAGAAAUUCUUCACGAAGAUCCAUCUUUAAUUAAUUCAGCUAUUUUUUAUUCAAUUUCUUCUACUCAACCAGGUCUUCGAGGUAUUGAAUUGGGUAAUGCAUUGAUUAAACGUUGUGUACUCCAAUUACAAGCUGAACAUCCUGAAUUGGAAAAAUUUUCAUCGCUUUCUCCAAUUCCUGAUUUUCGUAAAUGGCUUUUGGAAGAACUGCAUUCUUCUUCGACAUCCAUUAUUUCAUCUGAAAUUCGUUCAUGGUUUCAUUCACUUUUUUCAACAUCAACAUGGCAUUUAGAUGAAACAGUUCUGGGUGAAAUUCGACCAAUAUUAAUGCGUCUUUGUGCAUAUUAUUUAACACAAGUCAAACAUUCGAAAACAGGCUAUGCGCGAGAUCCUGUAGCUAACUUUCAUUUACGUAAUGGUGCUGUGGUUUGGCGUCUAAAUUGGUUAGCCGAUCGUAGUGAACGUGGUUGGAAACAAUCUUUAUCGAUGAUGGUGAAUUAUCGAUAUUAUACUUUCGAUAAAAUCGAUCGCAACAGUAUUGAUUAUAUUGAUAAACAAAAAAUUCAAGUCGAUGAACAAGUUUCAAAAUUACUUUAG